AUGCAGAAUGAUGAUAAAAAAAUCAUUCAAGAUUAUCUCGUGAAUAUAGAUGCUGAAGAUGAUGUUACUAUUUAUGUGGGCAAAUGUAUUGAGGACAUUGGUGAAAAUCAAUCUGAUGCUGAUCAUGAAGACAAAACGGAACAUUCUGGAACUAGUUGUGUUGGCAAAGCAUGUGACUUUUUAUAUUUGAGUUCAUCUCAUGAAUCAGGUAUCAGAGAAAAUACCAGACCAACACAUAAAGAUAAUCAUGAUAAAUCAAUCUCAAAUUUUAUUGAAAUAAUUAAAAUUAUUGGAAUGAAAAUUAGAUUUUACCUCCUUUUUCAAAUAAACAGAGAUUUAUAUGGAAUAUGGGAUUGGGCCUCUGAUACGUUUCCGGAAAAAGAUGAAAGUGUUAGAGAAGUUGUUUUGCUUUGUAAAGUGUUUUUAAUUUAUGGUAAUCUUUUGGAGCGAGUUGGAAGAUUAACAAAUAUUCUAACCAAAGAAGCCAAGGGAUUUAAACAUAAAUCUCCUGAGGAAUUUCCCUGA